CACACUGAGUCACACUCACACACCAUAUACACCCUCACAACAAAUGCCACUCUUUCCUUCCCUCUGUGCCUUGCCCCACAAGCAUACUUUUUGACUCUCCAAGACGAAGAAGAAGAAGAAGAAGAAGAAGAAGAAGAAGGGAGCAGAUGACGAGGUCAUAAAGAAGAAUAUCAGCAACAAUGAGAAUGAAAUCACCUCGGAGUCGCACCAACUCGUUAUUGUAUGUGGGUUAAUCUCCAAUGGAUCCCAGAAGACUGGAUUUGUGAAUCAUGUUUGUCAAACAACAUAGUUUCAUUAGAAGCUAGUAGGAAGAAAGACACGAUAAGAACCAUGCCAUUGGAUUCUCCUGACGUUGUUUGCCAUGAAAGUAUUCAUACAUUAGGUCCCAGUUCACGGGGGCGGGCUUCUUCUAGAAGGCAAAAGACAGUUGAAACUGGCAAAGUGAAGUUCAUUCCUACUGAGGAAGUAAUUAGGCUGUCAUCAAGAGCCACUGAAAAAGGAAAUCCUUUAAGGUUAAAAAUACAUGAUAGUGUUGGACCUUCAGGACUUGUGAAGUUUCCUAGGCAUGGUGGAGUGCAUUCAAUGACUAAUCAACAGACGCCUAAAGCAUUAAAAAAAUUAGAAGAACCAAAGGCUCCAGUCACUUUCACAAAGGAAUAUGGUCGCAAGGAACACCUGGUAGCUGCCUUUGCAUCUGCUAAAGUAGUUCAAACCUUUGAAACUAAUGUGGAGAAGGCUACAAAUAAAGCAUCAUGUGCAUCUUCACCAUCAAAAAAAUGUCUGCCUGUUGUCAGUACAGGGAAAGGGCCUCUUAUAGCUGCUACAGAAGAGCUUGUUAUGAAGAAACCAUUGAUGGAAGCUCUUAUUCCUGCCAAAGAAGUUGAAACUUCUAAUAUGAAGACACAGAAUGCUAUAAAUAAAGCAUCACAUACACCUUCACCAUCAAGACAUUCUUCACCUAUUGUCAACUCAGAAAAACUGGCUCUCGUGGAUUUGGAGGAGGAUAUUUCUGGAGAACUACCAAUGGAUCCCCCAAUUGCUAAAGAACAUGAAACUUCUACAAUGAAGACAGGGAGCAAUACAAACAAAGCAUCAUGCACAUUUUCACCACUGAUGCAUACUUCGCCAAUUGUCACUCCAGGUGGUAACUUCAAAGCUGUUGCUGAAUGUAAGAACUCUGCUGUUGAAGAAAGAGACUUGCUGAAUAUUUUACCCAAAUUCAAGCUAUGUCAUAAUAAUCUCCCGUCUCUACAUGUUACUUGGAAGGGAGACUUUCUUUUUACUGCUACACCUAUUAAAUCUUAUGGUGGUCUCCAGGCUCGACCUCCAUUUACUGUCAGUCGGAAAGCCUUGGAGUUUUCAAAAAGAAUGCCUCCAGUCCUUCAGGUUCAGCUGCUUCCUCGGUGCCAAAUGUGGGCAGAACUCUUCCAGAACAAUUGUCCUGAUCUUAAUGAUAUUGCUUUAUAUUUUUUCCCUGCUGAUAAUAUUGAGAGAUCCAAAGGGAACAUUGCCUGUCUGAUUGAGCUGAUGGAGGUCCAAAGUUCAAUGAUGAGAAGCUGCAUUGAUGGUGUGGAGUUGCUGAUAUUUACAUCGAAGCAGCUGCAUAUGGACUCACAGGUGGCAGAAUACUUCUUGUGGGGAGUCUUUCACGCAGUAGAAAACAAUCAGACUCUUGACAAGUCAGAUGAGGAAGGCACUCCAUUCAUUUCUCCUUUGGAAUGUGUAAGCAAUGACCCCACGAGCAUGGAGAACGGUGAAGCAGUUGAUAUGGAAAUUGAUAUGGUAGGUGGGGAGAAUGUGGGGAGAGUUGAUAUUGUUGUUUCAAAAGAUGCAUCUACGAGACUCUCUGGAAUUUCUGAGGAAGAAACUGUAACUGGGAGUACCUUGAAGACGUCUGAAAAAAAGAUUUUAAAUGUCUCUGCUUUGUCUUCUGGGGAUAUUGACAAAACUAGAAGUGACUUUUCUUUGGAGCUCCCCUUGCAAAGCUCAAAUGGGAAGCGUUUCACUGUGGAUGAAUUUGGUGUUCCGCGUUUCACUGUGGACCAACUUGGCAUUCCUCGAGGCUUUGAGAAGAUUGCAAGAACAAAAUUGAAAGAUACUUCAUGUCAGAUCAUAAUGACAACGGAAAAACCUCUUCUGGUUAGUGAGAGAACCAAGGUUUCUGUAAAGAAGGAAAUAUACUUCUUAAGGCAGUCUCAAGAUUAAUUUGUGAAUGGCAAAUAUAGGAAAUGUAGGUUUUAAGCCCAAACCACAACUCUUUUGAAUAGUACAGUUGGUCCAGCAAUGUAAAGAUCAAGUUAGAAUGGGAGACACAGCGUUAAACUGCACUACAGACUGCUCACUUUCAUCAUACGGUACACAGUGCAUUUGUACAGUUCAUAUCAGUUUCUUUCUCAUCAUGGAAAAGUUAGGUUGUCCAUAAACUGAAAUUAUGAUUUUGUAAGGACUGUUGUCUGCUUGUUCAGCUCUAGUAACCUUUCUUGCUUCCAAAGUGCCUCUUUAAUGUUGGAGCAAUGUAGUCUCUAGUAUCUUCUUAUGUGAAACUGUUAUGAUGUUA